AUGUCCUACGGAGGUGGAUUUGAUCGUUCAGGUGGUUACAACGCCGGUAACUUUGGUAACAGAGGCGGUGACAGAGGUUCUGAUAGAAACUUUGGUUACAGAGAUGGCGGCUACGGUGGUGGUCGUGGUGGUGGUUUUGGAGGUGGCCGUGGAGGUGAUCGUGGCUUUGGCGGUGAUCGUGGCUUUGGUGGUGACCGUGGAUUUGGCGGUGGUGAUAGAAUGAGUAACUUGGGUGAUAACUUGGUUAAACAAAACUGGGAUUUAGAUUCAUUACCAAGAUUUGAAAAAAAUUUCUAUAUUGAACAUGAAACCGUUAGAAACCGUUCUGAUGAAGAAGUUGCUGCUUUCAGAAAAGAACAUGAUAUGACUUGUAAUGGUUCAAACAUUCCAAAACCAAUUGAAAGUUUUGAUGAAGCCGGUUUCCCACCAUAUGUUUUGGAUGAAGUUAAAGCUCAAGGUUUCGCUAAACCAACUGGUAUCCAAUGUCAAGGUUGGCCAAUGGCUUUAAGUGGUCGUGAUAUGAUUGGUAUUGCCGCUACUGGUUCUGGUAAAACUUUAUCAUACUGUUUACCAGGUAUUUUGCAUAUUAAUGCUCAACCACCUUUAUCUCCAGGUGAUGGUCCAAUUGUUUUAGUUUUGGCUCCAACCAGAGAAUUGGCUGUUCAAAUUCAAGCUGAAUGUUCUAAAUUUGGUCAUUCUUCAAGAAUUAGAAACACUUGUGUUUACGGUGGUGUUCCAAGAGGUCAACAAAUUAGAGAUUUAGCUAGAGGUAGUGAAAUCUGUAUUGCUACUCCAGGUAGAUUAAUUGAUAUGUUGGAAUCAGGUAAAACUAACUUGAGAAGAGUUACUUACUUGGUUUUAGAUGAAGCUGAUAGAAUGUUGGAUAUGGGUUUUGAACCUCAAAUCAGAAAAAUUAUUGAUCAAAUUAGACCAGAUCGUCAAACUCUUAUGUGGUCUGCUACUUGGCCAAAAGAAGUCCAAGCUUUGGCUCGUGACUAUUUACAUGAUUAUAUUCAAGUUACUGUUGGUUCAUUAGAAUUAGCUGCUUCCCAUACUAUUACCCAAGUUGUUGAAGUUGUUUCAGAAUAUGAAAAGAGAGAUCGUUUACUAAAACAUUUAGAACAAGCUAUGUCUGAUCAAUCUUCAAAAGUCUUAGUUUUCGCUUCAACUAAGAGAACUUGUGAUGAAAUCACUAAAUACUUGAGAGAUGACGGUUGGCCAGCACUUGCCAUUCACGGUGAUAAACAACAACAAGAACGUGAUUGGGUUUUAGGUGAAUUCAGAUCAGGUAGAUCACCAAUUAUGGUUGCUACUGAUGUUGCUGCUCGUGGUAUUGAUGUUAAAGGUAUCAACUAUGUUAUCAACUUUGAUAUGCCAGGUAACAUUGAAGAUUAUGUUCAUCGUAUUGGUAGAACAGGUAGAGCUGGUUCUAAAGGUACUUCAGUUUCAUUCUUCACUGAUGGUAACUCAAAAUUAGGUACCUCUUUGAUCAAAAUUUUAAGAGAAGCUAACCAAACUAUUCCAGAUGGUUUAGCUGUUUAUGACAGAGGUUCAGGUCCACACAGUCGUUACGGUGGUGGUGGCUUCGGUGGUAGAGGUGGCCGUGGUGGUCGUGGUAGAGGUAGAGGUGGUUUCGGAGGUCGUGGUGGUGGCCGUGGUGGUUUCAACCGUUACUAA